AUGCUGCAUUCUCAGAUUUCCCAGGCUGGUUGCCGUGGCUACCAUACAGAUGGGUCUUCUUUACAGAAACACCUGUCCCUACACCCUCUCAUAGGCCCACGGUGCCCAAUGCAGUCUGUGGGCAAGUGGCUGGACAGCAUUGGACUUGUCCAGUAUGAGAACCACCUGCUGGCCAAUGGCUUUGACAAUGUGCAGUUCAUGGGAAGUAAUGUGGUGGAAGAUCAGGACCUGCUUGAAAUUGGUAUCCUCAACUCUGCUCACAGACAGCGCUUACUUCAGGCUAUCCGCCUCCUUCCAAAGGUAUUGCCUGUUGGGUGUGAUGGCAAUAAUCCCACAUCAGUGGCAGAGUGGCUGGAGUCUUUGCAGCUCAGAAAUUACACUCAAUCCUUCCUUAUCAAUGGAUACACCUCCAUGGAGCUGGUGAAGAAGAUCUGGGAAGCAGAGCUCAUAAGUGUAUUGAAGAUAACAGCAUUAGGACACAGAAAGCGGAUACAGGCAUCUUUGGGAGACAGACUACAGGAAGACUUGCUUCAGAAACCCUUCAGAGCAAUCUCCAUCAGGGACACUGACGUGAAUUACACAUCCCUCGCCUCCAGCUCUCUGGACCUGCAACAGCUCAUUAUGCAAGAGGACACACGUAGACACUCAAACGACAGCUAUUUUGAUGACAUGCCUCGAACCAAGCUGGAGAGACAGAUGGCUCAAGUCAGUAUGCAAGGAGACUGGUCUGAGCCCAUCACAUUGCGGCCACCCAAUGAAGCGACACCGUCCACUCCGGUACAAUACUGGCAGCAUCAUCCAGAAAAGCUCAUCUUUCAAUCAUGCGACUAUGAGGCUUACUAUAUGGGCUCCAUGCAGGUCAAAGAGCUGAGAGGAAUAGAAUCCACACAAGACGCCUGUGCGAAAAUGAGGAAGUCUACAGACCCAAUGAAGAAAAUCCCCACCAUUGUGCUGUCUGUUUCCUACAAGGGAGUAAAGUUCAUUGAUGCCACAAACAAGAACAUGAUCGCUGAGCACGAGAUCCGUAACAUCUCGUGCGCCGCUCAAGACCCAGAGGAACUCUCUACGUUUGCCUACAUCACCAGAGACUUGAAGUCGAGCCAGCACUACUGCCAUGUGUUCGCAGCCUUUGACGUGAACCUAGCCUAUGAAAUCAUCCUCACGCUGGGCCAAGCAUUUGAGGUGGCUUACCAGCUGGCUCUCCAGGCACGGGUGGGUGGGCAAAGCUCAUCUCCGCUGUCUGAGAGUUUCGAGAGCAAGCCUGGACAACUCCCUAAACCCCGCCUUAAUGUCAAGUCUAUGGAACUUUCAGGGAUUGAUCCAAAGGGCCAAGCCAACGUGGCAUGGAUAGUGGAGCCAGGGCCAGAGGCUAAGAGAGGAACAAGCACCAAAAAAUCAAGCCAAGAGAAAUCGUGACCAAGUGCAGACUGAAGGACACAGACUGGCUGUCGGAAUGGGCAGAAAAGAAAACAUCUGGGGGUUUGGAAUGAAAGCAGCUAUGGGAACCCCGCAGCCUGUGAGAGGCCGAGGCAAACCUGCAUCUCCUCCUAAACACUCGUUUCCUAUGUUUGUAAUAACUGGUUCCAAAUUCCUCAAAAUUUAAUCAAGAAAAAAUAUGUGGUGAAAACCUCAGCAUGCAAAAUAAAUGUCAGUUGCUUAAACACCACGGACA